AUGCAAAGUGUUGACCUAGCACCCAGGCAAAGUGAUAAGCUAGCAACCAGGCUAAGUGCUAAGCUAGCACACAGGCUAAGUGCUAAGCAAGCACCCAGGCUAGGUGAUAAGCUAGCACCCUGGCAAAGUGGUAAGCUGGCAUCCAGGCAAAGUGUUAACCUAGCACGCAGGCAAAGGGGUAAGCUAGCAACCAGGCAAAGUGCUAAGCUAGCGACCAGGCAAAGUGGUAAGCUAGCAACCAGGCAAAGUGGUAAGCUAGCAACCAGGCAAAGUGCUAAGCUAGCAUCCAGGCAACGUGUUAACUUAGCACCCAGGCAACGUGUUGACCUAGCAACCAGGCAAAGUGGUAAGCUAGCAGCCAGGCAAAGUGGUAAGCUAGCACCCAGGCAAAGUGAUAAGCUAGCAACCAGGCAACGUGGUAACCUAGCAGCCAGGCAACGUGUUAACCUAGCACGCAGGCAAAGGGGUAAGCUAGCAACCAGGCAAAGUGCUAAGCUAGCGACCAGGCAACGUGAUAAUCUAGCAACCAGGCAAAGCGGUAAGCUAGCAACCAGGCAAAGUGCUAAGCUAGCAUCCAGGCAAAGUGUUAACCUAGCAACCAGGCAAAGUGGUAAGCUGGCAACCAGGCAAAGUGGUAAGCUAGCAAUCAGGCAAAGUGCUAAGCUAGCAAUCAGGCAAAGUGCUAAGCUGGCACCCAGGCAAAGUGUUAACCUAGCACCCAGGCAAAGUGCUAAGCUAGCACACAGGCUAAGUGCUGAGCUGGCAACCAGGCAAAGUGCUAAGCUAGCAUCCAGGCAACGUGUUAACUUAGCACCCAGGCAACGUGUUGACCUAGCAACCAGGCAAAGUGGUAAGCUAGCAAUCAGGCAAAGUGCUAAGCUGGCACCCAGGCAAAGUGGUAAGCUAGCAGCCAGGCAAAGUGGUAAGCUAGCACCCAGGCAAAGUGAUAAGCUAGCAACCAGGCAACGUGGUAACCUAGCAGCCAGGCAACGUGUUAACCUAGCACGCAGGCAACGUGUUGACCUAGCAGCCAGGUAA